AUGGCGGGUCCACAGCUAUACGAGCGGGUACACUACCGGCAUGACACCCGCUGGCUGCUGGAAGACGGCGACAGUUGUCUUUGCUUGGCCUGUGUGAUAGAGAUGAUGGAGGACGAAAGUGUUUCGGUUGUUCGCAAGAAGCAUAUGCUGUCCAGCUUUCAGAAGUUCCUAGAAAAAAAAUCAGAUGCUGUUUACACAUUUCUGGGUAAUGAUGGAAGAAUUUGUGCCCACUUUGUUGGACAGAUGCUGGGGAUGCUUGUGAAUUUGGAAGACGAUUCUGCGUUAAACCUUAUUACUGAAAUUUUGGUGCAGCUAAUUUUGGGCUUCAAAUUGGAACAGUUUGUGCAUUGCAUUUUGGAUGGAUGCUUGAAAGAGUUAUCAGCGGUAACUAGCAUGAGAUUAUACCUACCAAUACUUAACUUUCUUGGAAAACUUAUUGAUGAAAUGCCAAGUGUUGCUGAAACUAUAGCCACUGAUCAUUACAACCUUGUAGAACAGUUGCCACAGGGAUUGAUGUACCCUCAUGAAGGACUGAAGGCUGCAGUGUGUUACUUGUAUGGAAAGCUUUACUCUUCAUCUAUUGCAACAAUAAAACUUGCGGAUCAUUUUAUUAAUAAACUUUGUGAACUUUUCCUGGCUACGCUGGAAAAUGCACAGACAAAAGAAUUACAGAUCAAUUGUAUGGGUUUACUGAAACAGCUGUUAAAUUUUGAUCAGUUUGUGUCCGUGAUAAUGAAUGCAUCUAUAUGUAAUGAAGAUUCUGAAAAUACCCCAUCUUUACAUGCAAAAAUGCCUUUGCCUCUUGUAUUGAAAAAGAUUUUGUUAUCCAAAGAAGAGUUUUUGCAGAUUGCAAGUACACAAUGUAUUGCAGCGGUUCUUGUGCAUUUCCCAGCUAAAUAUGCACCCUCCUUUAUACUUGCUGAUAUCCCAGAGUUUUUAUUUGAAAAUCUAUUGAGUACAAGUGAAGUCCUCAUCUGGUCAAUAUACUGCUGUCUUAUCCUUAUGACUGAAGAGAGGAUUUUUUUCACCAAAUGUCACACAGUGUAUGGUAUUGAGGCUGUGCUAAAAAGUUUAAAGCAUGUACUGCAGAUGAACAACAUGGAACUACAGAAACAGGGUCUGUUGCUGCUUACAGAAAUUCUAAAAAGGCAACCUAUGGAAAUAAAGCUCUUUACUAGCACUGGACUCUUUAAAGCAGCAAUAGAUGUUCUGCAGUUGGCUGUGGAAAACUCUGUUUUGGAGGUUGCUAUUGAAGCAUCUAAGGCAGUAUCUUCAUUUAUACGAAAGGAUCAUCUCAGCAUUCCAGUGCAGUAUGGCGAGUUGGAGAAGCUUCUUAGUAGCAUGAUGGAACACUGUGCAGAGCUUUCUCUUACACCACUAAGGAGAAAAUCUUCAAAAAUCCAACCUAAGAAGCAUGAUAACAAAAGUACCUCUCGUCAAAGACAAUUUCUUACUAAUGUCUUGGAGAGUUUUCACAAUGCCUGCAGAUUAGCCCUGGAUUGUGAAGAAUACCAUAUAGCUCAUAAUAAUGCCUUCACAGCACCCUCUUCCAAAAGCAGCAAUAACCUCCAGACAUUUUCUCUUUAUUUGUUAAAUACAUGUGACAAUUUUUGUAUUCCAAUUGUUUUGAGAUAUUCUGAAUGGCUAUCAGAUCCAGCAACAAUGGAAAUAUUUUUUUUGCUGCUUACAGACAUGUUUGCAGUUGGACCUAAUAUGAAAGAAACAUUUGCUGUAAAACUAGCUUCCGCUUCAAUCAUUAGAUUGGCCUUGGAAACAAAGUCAACAUUAUGUUCGAUUCAAAGGAACACUAAUCUGAACAGUGCCUGUUCUAAUUUUCUUUGUCACUUAUGUAACAUUAUUUGGAAAGUAAAAUUAGCUGAUGAAACCAAUUCUCAAAAAGAAGUGUUUGAUAUUUUGAAAAAGAGCUUGAUCCACAUUGAAGGCAGUACAGAGGGCUUUAUUGCCAUCUUACUGGAGUCGCCGAAUGCAAGAACUAAUAGAGAGGUACUAAGAUGCAAGCAGCAAGCACUGCUGAUUAUUGCUUGUGUUGCUUACCUCAUGGAAGACAGAUUUGUAUCAGAGACUGAUUUAUGGUGGACAGUUCAAAGUUUCCUUCAUUCUUUGCAAAGCCAUGGAGAUAAAGUUCCUUUAUUUGUAGUUAGAGCUGCAUUAUAUCUUUUGGCACGUAGUCAAGACAAAUGUGAGGCUUUGAAUCAGAAAAAGGACAAAGCUGCAUGUGAACAUUGCAAUGGAUUUACCACUUCUCAACAUAUAUGUCAGCAUUUCAAGGGUUGGAUUAGCUUCCAAGUGCCGGACAUGACAGGGCAGAUAUUGCAGCGUUGGUUGGGCAGUCGUGACCUCAUGGGCAUUCUGGAAGGGUCAGGUAUGCAUGGUGGGAGGGGAAAAGUCCUUCUGGUUGAACUUAUGAAAAAAGUUUGGGCAAGGGUGAAGCAACUGAGAGGUGUAGGUGGAAUCAGUGAGCUUUCCCCUAUUAGAAAUAAUCACCUAUUGCCUGAAUUUUUUGCCAUGACAGGACUUCGGAAUUGGGAAACUCAUGGAGUGAUGAGAAUUGGCCAAUUGAUGGAGGACAAGCUAUGCAAGUCGUUUCAGAACCUGCAGCAGGAAUUUAAUAUCCCUAGGGGAUGGUUCUAUAAAUAUCUUCAAUUGAGGCAUGCCCUUGAGGUCACGCUGCGGAAAGGGUGUGUGAUAGCACAAAUGGAGACGGUUCAUAAGCUUGUUCUCUCGACAGGAGGGGGGAAAAGAGGGCUGAUAUCACAAGUGUACGCUCUUUUACUGGAUAAGUUCUUAGAGGAGUUCCCGCUCUUAAGAAUGAAGAAAUGGGAGGCUGACUUGGGAGGUAUGUCUAAGGAUAAAUGGGAGGAUAUACUGGAAGGAGUCCCCAGCAUGUCCUUGAGUGAACAGGGCAAGUUGUCCCAACUAUUUAUCAUACAUAGAGUAUACAAAACACCGGUGUUCCUAAAAAAGGUUGGAGUAAGAAGUGAUGAUAAGUGUCCUAAGUGUAUGGAAGAUGGGGCGGAUUUGUUGCAUAUGCUGUGGUCUUGCCCAGUUAUUGGUGCUUAUUGGGAUGCUGUCAGGAAUAUGAUUAACAGUAAAAUGUCUUUGCAAAUUCAAAAGGACCCUAAGGUGUGUGUGUUGGGGUAUGUGUCUGAGAUUGGAGGGACUGAAUCGGUUAAGGUGGCUGUGGGGAGGUUGUUGUAUGUGGCUAGGAAGUUGGUGGCCAUGAGGUGGAUCCAGGGAAGUCCGCCCACAUUAGAAGAGUUUGAACGGAAGAUUUCUGUCAAUAUAAUCUGCAAAAUGCUAGAGAAUGUCCCAGAAAUCCAGAUGGUCUACUUCCAUCAUCCCCUUUUCCUUAAGCUUUUCUUCAACUAUCCCCAAUUGAUGGAGAAAUAUGGAUGUCUAGUCAUGAAAUGUUGGAUUCAAGAAGACUGUCAUGAAGAGGAGGCCAAGUCAAGCCUUGUCACCAAGCUUCAUCCUACUGUCCAGUGGACCUCAGUAUCACUAAUAAGUAUCCUGCAUGACUGUCCGAAUGCAAUCCUUACUUUGCUGGAUUUGAUGAAUAGUGGCUCAGUAGAAGUAGCUAGUAAAGUGCUUGUGAUCUUAAAAGCAUUUUUACAUGGACUGGACAGUUUUGAAACUUCAGAUUUAAUUUUAAACAAACUUCUGCAAAUAUUACAAGAUACCAUGAUUUCUUCAGACUUGCAAGUCCUCAAAUACAUGGGCCGCAAGAGAAGCACUUCCACUACUACCCCUACCCCGAAGGAGCUGGUGGAUGUCAUGAGCCAAACAAAAGAGAUAGGGUCGGGUAGUUCUCCUGACCAAGUGGAGAUACAGCUAAAAAAGAUCACCUUCAAGCAGAUCUAA